CCCUCAGCAGGGAAAAUAGCAAGGAUACGGAAGGGACCGGCCACCCCUUCUGUCCCCGGCGCCCGGGUGCCUACAUGAUAAGGAUGUGAAACGGGAGCCUUGGGGAGAAACUUCCCCAAACCCCGCCCGCCGCGCUGCUGGCCCCGCCCCGGUACGUGCCGGAGCGCAGCACCGCAGCCCCGGCCCCGCCCGCGGCCUGCGGCCCAGGAGUGGGGCCGGCACGAGGCGGCCCUGGCAGCGGGUCGGUCGGUUGCUCCCGGCUCCCGCCUACGUGUGCGAGCGCAUGUGGAGACGCCACCGCCCGGCCUGGGGAUGCGCGCGCGCGGGCGGGGGCGCGGGCUCCGCACUGCCCUUUGUCUUCCGUGUCUUGUCGACUUCUGCUGUCUGCCCUUCCCCAAACUUGGUGGUUUGGGAUGUUGGGUUGGGGGGCGGGGGACGUGGGGAGAUUUUUGGGACGGGAAGUGUGCUUGGCAAAUGCUCCCAGGCAAGUGCAUUGCAAUGUGAAUCUGUGCCCUUUAGGACAGAAAAAUACCGACGGGUCGCCUAGCAGAUUGGGCAUCGGUGUAACAGUUUUUUUAAAAAAUUAGUCCUCAUCGACCAAGUCUGUCAAAAACAGAGAAGCUGUGGGUUUAUUUGAACAUUUUUAAGGCGCUCAAAGACUUCGUUUAUUUAAAGCACUUUGAAAUAUGCCAGAUUUAAGUAAAUGGAAACUUUAGCCGCCUCAGGUGGGUUUUAUUUUUGUUGGUUUUCUUUUGGUUUGGGAUUUUUUUUGCUUCAGUUGUUUGAAUUCGUUGUGUGUCUGCACUUUAUCAAAGCCGGCUAUUGAGAAUCCUUUGGGAGAAGAUAAUCUUGUUGGACAGAAGGGAGGAGCACUGAGCAAGAUUUGAGGUAAGCCAUUGUAACGUGUCGUCCGACUCUCCAGCCUGCUGGUAGAAUAUUCAAAGCAAAAACCCAACUGAAGUAAGCUACUCGCAUUGCAAUUUAGACAGGAGCCAGCACAGCCUGGGUAGAGCGGAGGGGCGAAAACAGACGAAACAACGCAUGCGCAGUAACCAUCGCGUAAUCGGGCGGACUCCACCGGAGAUGGUUCUGCAGGGGCCGGAAACGCGUCACAAAGAGCGUGUGCGUCACGUCGUAGGGGCGGAGCGUCUGAGCCUGGUUUCCUCGGCUACCGCUGCCGGCUGGGUAACGUUUGUGGUGCGUGGUUGGCGACUAUCAGACAUGGGGACUCCCGCAGGCUUGCAGACGGACUGUGAGGCGCUGCUCAGCCGCUUCCAAAAGAUGGACAGCGUGCGCUUCGAGGACUUCACCGAACUCUGGAGGAAGAUGAAGUUCGGGACCAUCUUCUGUGGCAAAAUGAGACAUUUAGAAAAGAACACAUUUACAAAAGAAGCUUUGGCUUUGGCUUGGCGAUAUUUUCUACCUCCAUAUGCCUUCCAGAUCAGAGUUGGUGCUUUAUAUCUACUCUAUGGAUUAUAUAACGCCCAACUGUGUCAACCUAAACAAAAGAUUAGAGUCGCCCUGAAGGAUUGGGAUGAAAUUUUAAAAUUUCAGCAAGAUUUGAUAAAUGCACAACAUUUUGAUGCAGCUUAUAUUUUUAGGAAGCUUCGACUAGACAGAGCAUUUCACUUUGCAGCCAUGCCUAAAUUGUUGUCAUACAGAAUGAAGAAGAAAAUUCAGAGAGCGGAGGUUACAGAAGAAUUUAAGGACCCAAAUGAUCGUGUCAUGAAACUUAUCACUUCUGAUGUACUAGAGGAAAUGCUGAAUGUUCAUGACCAUUAUCAAAGAAUGAAACAAAUAAUUUCAGGUGAUAAAUCCAAUCCAGACAAAGCCCUCAGCUUGAUAAAGGAUGAUUUUUUCGAAAAUAUCAAGAACAUAGUUUUGGAGCAUCAGCAGUGGCACAAAGACAGAAAGAAUCCACCCUUAAAAUCAAAAGUUAAAGAUGGAGAAGAAAAGAGUGAAGGAAAUUCACAACAAUCAGAGAGAUGUGAAAGGGCAGAAUCAUUAGCAAGAAUAAAAUCAAAGGCCUUUUCAGUUGUUGUUCAGGCAUCCAAGUCAAGAAGGCAUCGCCAGGUCAAACGUGACUCUUCUGACUCUGAUUCUGCAUCUGGUCAAGGACAAAUCAAAGCAACUAGGAAAAAAAGAAACAAAGAAACACUGAAAUCAGCAGGAAGGAAGAGGACCGCCACAAACAGAGGUGACACACAGAAUGCACAUAAUAAGGAAGAUAAAUCUUUAAGUCUGAGUAUGCCUGUGAUUACAGAAGAGGAAGAGGAGAAUGAAAGUUUUAGUGAAACAGAGUUCACUGCACCCAAGAGGAGAAGAAAACAGAGAACAAAGAGCCUGAUGUAGAGUUCUUAAUUUUGAACUUUCUGACAGAAGAAAAGGUUUAUAUUUUGUGUAUUGAGUGGGAAGACUGCCAGUAUUAAAAAUAAUUCUUCUGGGAAGCUGUAGGUAUUUCUUUGAAAUAACAGUUCUUUUAAUAUAGUAAUAUAAUAAAAAUACAAAAAAUUAGGGUAAUAAUUUACUCUAAAAUGUAAUUUUAACAUUUCUGUGAAAUACUCAUAAAUGAAGGUAAAACUUAGAUUUAGAAUGUAAUAGAAUCCUAUUAUUUGCAGAUUAUUGUUAUUUUCUACAAUUUUUUGUGGUAUUAUACUGUCUUAGUACAGUUCUGAUAAUAUCGACUAUUUAAAAUCUUAUAGAAUAUUAAGAUAUUAAAAUAUUAAUGUUUAUUACA